AUGCAUAAACCCGAACUUUCAGGACGGUUAGCAGAAUGGGCUGUCGAGAUUAGCGGGUACGAUAUUGAAUAUAGACCCCGAACCGCUAUUAAAUCCCAGAUACUAGCAGACUUCGUGGCCGACUUCGCACCUGCCAUGAUCCCCGAAGUCGAUAAAGAACUACUUCUCACCUCGAGGACUAGUUUGGGUGUUUGUACCUUAUGUACGGAUGGUGCUUCCAAUGGGAAAGGGUCCGGGUUGGGAAUCGUUCUCAAACCGCCAACUGGUGAUAUCAUAAGGCAAUAUAUUAGAUCUAUUGAUUUGACUAACAAUGAAGCCGAGUAUGAGGCUACGAUUACAGGUUUAGAACUAGCAAAGAGCUUGGGAGCCGAAAUCAUUGAGGCCAAGUGCGACUCUCUCCUGGUGAUUAAUCAAGUGAACGGCAUAUUCGAGGUCAAGGACGACCGAAUGCGGAUAUAUUUAGAAAAACUGCAGGUGGUCCUUCAUAGAUUCAAGAAAUGGACACUGAAGCAUGUGCCUCGGGACCAGAAUAACGAGGCCGAUGCUCUUGCGAACCUGGGAUCAUCGGUAGAAUCAGAGGGAUUCAAUUCCGGUGUUGUGGUGCAACUGAUGAGUUCAAUCAUCGAGACUGGCCACGUAGAGAUAAACUCAACCAGCUUCACUUGGGAUUGGAGGAACAAAUACAUAGACUAUCUCCGAACAGGAAAGAUUCCGUCCGAUGCCAAGGAGUCGAGGGCCCUUCGAACCAAAGCAGCCAGAUUUUGUUUGGUCGACGACCAAUUGUACCGAAGGUCAUUCUACGGUCCAUUGGCGAGAUGUUUGGGGCCGGGGGAAAUUGACUAUACUAUGAGAGAAAUUCACGAGGGGACUUGUGGAAAUCACUCGGGCACCGACUCAUUGGUCCGCAAACUGAUCAGAGCCGGUUACUACUGGAACAAGAUGGAGAACGACGCCAGAUCCUUCGUUCAAAAAUGCAACGAAUGCCAAAAGCACGCUCCAUCGAUACACCAGCCGGGGGAGGAGCUUUAUCCGGUCCUUUCUCCAUGGCCAUUCAUGAAAUGGGGAAUGGACAUAGUAGGGCCUUUGCCCUGGGCUCCAGGUAACAUGACUGAUUAUUUCUCUAAAUAG